CACACCAAAAAUAAAAUGACCAGCAACAAGAUCCUCCCUCCCAAGCACCAAAGACUCUACGCGCAAGACCAGAGCUCAGCAGUGCUGAUGAGAAAUGCUCGUAAGCCCUACGUCAUGGGUAACUUGAUUACUGGCGGCGUGUUGUUGGCGUUUGUCGCCUCAGCUUACUGGUACUCCAUUAAGGCCGUCUCUCAGGAUGACUUCAGUGACGUUCCUUUGCCUGCGGGCGCCGGUAAGCAGGCGCCUGCUGGUAAUGGCAACUAGGCGGAGGACAGUAACUGCUGAAGCAGUGAUGCUUCUGGGUCUCUGUCUAUUAAG